ACACUAAUCAGAAACUGUUAUCAAAGUUCCGUAACUGGGAUAAUUCACCUUGUAGCAGCAGGGGUGGAAAAAAAAAACAGGCGGUGGACAUUUACCGAUAAAUACUUCAGAAAUACUUGAGUGCGGAGGUUAAAAAAGAGAGAUUUGUUUAUUCUGAAAGCACAGAGACAAACUCUUGCACUAUGGACCCCAGUAAGUCGAGUGCUCCUCCAUCGGGAUGGUCUGAUGAGAAGACUUCCACGGGCCACGCGCCACCUCCGCCCUACCAGGACCAACCGUACCCGGGGAACCCACAGCCCGGCCAGGCAUACCCACAACCGCAGCAGGGCUAUGCACCUCCGCCACAGUAUGGGGGUGCAGGAUAUGGACAACAGCCUUACCAAGGUCAGCAGUACCCAGGACAGCAGUACCCAGGUCAGCAGUACCCAGGACAGCAGUACCCAGGUCAGCAGUACCCAGGACAGCAGGCCACCGUCACUGUCCAGCCCACAGUGUACGUGACUCGAGGCCCGCUGCUUAACCCAGUUAACGACUACUUGUGCUACUCCAUCUUCACCAUGCUGUGCUGCUGCUUUCCGCUUGGAAUUGCUGCCCUCAUCUACUCCAUCUCAGCCCGUGAAUCCAACCACAUUGGGGACCAGCUGGGGGCAGAGCGGAGCAGCAGGAUGGCCCGGACACUGAACCACGUGGGCCUGGGACUCGGCAUUGGCAUGCUCAUCCUCACCAUUGUGUAUGUAGCGGUGAUGGCAAAUCAGGUUAAAUACUAAAUCAGUUUCAACAUCUUUCCCAUAUUUCUAGUCCCCAUUUUCAUUCUACAUCAGGUAAUCAGACUAGGAACAUUACUGGUCAUCUGGAAGAGUUUUGGUCGAAAAUUUGUAACCCUUUUAAGUUACCUGUUGGACUAAAAAGACUUUUGAAAAGUUACUGAUAUAUUAAUCAACAGUAGAAUGCCAUGUAAUCCAUUACUCUUCUACACUGUAAAGAGUAACCUGCAACAUAUUUCUUCAACAUUAUUUUGUGUUUGGGAUUUUCUUCUAUGUUAUCACACAUCAAAAAUCAACAUUUUCUGUUUUUGACAGUUCAAAUAUUUUUCAGCUUCGGCCAGUGUUGCUCCACCAUAUAUAUAUAUACAAUGCAGGUGUUAUCCAAAGAGUUUUACAUGUUUGUGUUCUAAUAGCCAGUGAUUAUCAAUACACAGUUUGUAGUGCCAUAUUUUUAUAUUGAGUUGAGUUUUGUGUAGUUUUGCAAUUGAAAGAGCUUUGUCUGAUUGUACAAUGGGUGAAAUAUUGCUGCCCUUUCAACAGAAUUGUUGGCUGUAAAUAUGCACCAACACCCUCUAACUUUCUUAAGAGUCUGCUAACAAAGAAUAGCAUUUAAAAAAACUAACAAAGGAUACUUAAAUAAACACAGGAGAGAACUGGCUUUGUUAAGCUCAUGCCGAGCAGGUAAAAGAUGUAUCUGAUGUAAGAGUGCACUCUACAAGGUGAUUUACAGAAAUUUUAGAAUUGCACCAAUUGCUCUCUUAAUUCCAGCUGAACAGGAAUGCACAGCUUCACACAAAAUCAGCAGAGACAGUGGAGCCAACAUGGCUGAUACAGCCAGUUGCUCCAUCUGUGGCUCAGGCUCUAUUUUAAAAGCAUAGUGUGUUAUGUAUGGCCUGGGGUUUGUAUGUUAUGCACCGUAAUGUCUGUAUGUUCCUUUCUUGACCAAAGCUGAAAAAGGAAGAUUUUACUAUAUAUCAAAUUUUCUUUAUUAAUAAAGUUAAAGCUAGCUAGCUGAAAAAAAAAUCCUUCUGCUGUCUGGUUUAUUUAGAUGAUUUAAAUCUGACAAGUGCCAGAGCCCAGUUCUACUGUAGGUCCCUGCCACGCUGAGAGUGGCACUAUGGAACUUAAUCUGCAUCCGUCAUAUGUGUGAUUUCUAUGUGCACUAAUUGUGCUUCUGUAUACAGUUUAAAUAUUUGAUUGGUAAAAAAAAACAAAAGCAUACUCAUUCAAGGGUAUGUUUACCUCUGUAACCAGUGUUUCUCAAGUUAGAUGUGUGAAAAAAGGCUACGUGUUUCAGGUAGAGGCUCAGGUUUCAGAGAAGUAUAUAAACGUGAUAUAAUAACAGAUAAUACUUUAAUACUUUUGCAGGUAUGACUGCUAAAACAGGUAUUAAAUUGCAUUCUGUGAUAUAUAUAAGAAUAUAUCUUAAAUGUAUGUUAGUAAAGUCUGCAGAAACCC